AUGGAUGAUGCUCGCCCUCGCAAAAGAGAGCGCGCCAUCAGGGCGUGCAUACAUUGUCGACAAAUGAAAAAGAAGUGUGAUGGUGCAAGGCCAUGCUCCUCCUGUGCGCGCUUUAAUCAUGACUGCCAAUACUACCAGCAAAAGGCACGGAGUCCCUUGAAACCAAUCGCUCGCACUGCUACCGGUGGGGAGCCAGUUGGUAAUGCUCUUUCGAAGGGAACGACCAACUUGACGCCUAUCACCCCUACCGGACUUGAGAGAGGCGACAAUUUCAUGGAUUAUAGCAUCUUGGAUCCUGAAAAGGGCCGCUAUUUUGAUGGCAGCUCAGCAAUUGCAUUCCCUAGGCUGAUGGGAAUACACUUCGGUGCAACGAAAGCACCGCGGCUGCACUCAUUCGCCUGGAACCUUGGUAUCAGAUCAGAGCCCCAGCCAAAUAUUCUCGAUAUCACUCAAUUCGUCUCAUUGAAUGACGUGCACAUCUAUUCCAAUGAGUACUUCACGGUGGUGCACCCAUCAUUUGAUUUUCUGGAUCAGCAAGACUUCAUACGCCGUGCUUCAUUGCGAUGGAAAGAGAACCCAACAGAGGAUGCGUUAAAUUUCGACGCAGUGAUUUGUGGGGUUGUUGCAUUGGGGUAUUUCGUGUCUCGAAAAACAGACAAUGGCAUUGAAGCAGCUCUCACAAGUCUUGCAAAAGAUAGAUUAGAGAGUGUCGCGUUGACAAAACCUCCUACGAUCGACCUAAUUGCAGCAUGGAUCCUGCGGGCGAUCUACCUUCGGGCAACGUCACGGCCUCACGCCUCGUGGAUGGCCAGUAAUAUCCUGAUGCAUCUGAUUGAAUCAUCAGGGAUUCAGCAUGAGAUUUCUUCAGUCGCUAUCAUCUAUCCAUCGUGCAAAAGCACAAACAUCAUCGAUCCAGCACAAUGCCUAUAUCGUCGAAAAGUCUUCUGGGUAGGGAGGGCGAUCAAUGCAAUAUUUUCAUAUGAGUACUCUCGUCCCAGGAUCAACAUUGACAAGGUUACCUGUGCUAGAAUCGAUACUGAGGUCAAAAGUGCGACGAGAGAUCUACUUCAACUUGCUGAUCUGAUCCCUGAGAACUCUCAAGCAUGCACUCACGCGGAAGAGAUCGUUCAGACGAGGAAUAUGCUCGAUGCGUUAGAAGCUGGAAGGGAUGCUGAAGUUCCGGUAUCUCUCUUUCGCGCAGACCUUGCAUUCGCCGCCUAUCGUCAUCUUAGACCCUUUCUUACAUCGACAAACUCAACUACUGACCCCAAGAUAGUUUCAAAUAUCUUGUCAAUUGGUUUAGCAGCUCUGAAGGCAAUAGAAAGUCAUUUAUCGAAACCACCGGCACCAUCAGCACCUUCCUCACAGUCAACAGAUGAUUCUGUCAUAACUCCAUGGUGGUCCCUAGCUUCAAUUCCCUUCCACUUCAUUCUUAUCCUUCUCUCCCUUGAUACGCCUGAAUCACUUUCUCGCGUCUCAACCGCACUCGGUACUCUCCAAGCUAUUAGGAGGGCGUUCAAUACGCAUCUCACAAGAGAAGCUGUUCAGAAUGCGGCAAUGUUGAUUCAUCUGGCACAAAGUCGAAAAGAACGAGAUGUUCAGGCCUUGAAGGGGGCAUUGAAUGAUAAUCCAUGUGUCCAGGAGACUGGGACCGCCGGAUCGGUCCCAUCUGGCGGAGAUGCAGCUAUGGCACCGAUCUCGAAUGGUGGAACGCGCAUACAACAGCAAUCACAGCCGGUAGGUGAACAAGGAAUCAUGGAGGGUCUUGGUUUGGCAACUCAUAUGAAUGGAUCUGCUACUGGAGACCUGGAAAGUCUGAUCAUGUCAGACAACCUUGCCGACAUAAAUUGGGAUGCUGUAUUCCGAAAUACGGAUUGGAUGUGA